AAAGCAUGAAGGAAUACAGUUUAGCUACCGCAGAAAAUACCAGACUUCAAAGAAAUAUAACACUAAAGAUAUAAAAGCAUCUUAUUUGUUGCAGUACAAAAUGGUACCUGACAAGACACGAAUUUGUUAUAUAUUUUUAUUUGUGUACAUGUUAGUGCCUUUAUUGUUUCCAGUUGCAACUGGGGAGGCGAACAAAUCCACUUCAGCUACGCAACAGCAGGGUAACAACAAAAGCAUAAAUGACCUUAGCAAUAAUAAUACGACUGUUUUGAACGCACAGACAGGCUCCGUUGGAGUUAUCAGUGACAAACAUAAUAGCAUAAAGACUGGCACUGGAAGCUCCUCGGUAGAGGGGGUCGCAGAGACUGCUGCUGCUAACACCAGGCCCUUGUCGAUACAAAGAGCACUGUAUGUCCUUAUGGCUGUAAGCGCUGUCGUAAUCGUUUACUUCGUAAUCAGGACCGUCAGAAUGAGAAAGAAAAGCAGAAAGACAAGGAGAUACGGAGUUCUAGAUACAAACCUUGCCAUGGAAAUGACACCCUUGGAACAGGAUGAUGAUGAAGAGGAGGAUGAUACAACACUAUUUGAUGCCAGACUUUCAAGGAGAUAAAAGGUGUACAUACUGUUCCACUGGACACCCAAUGGAAAACAGAAGGAAAUACAUGACUGUGCCGGAUGUACAAGGUCUAAUUUUGGAUAUGUGUGUCGUAAUAAAAACUGUGAACAAAAAAAAACUGUAAACGGUGAACCUCUGUAUAUGUACAAUUGCACUGUUUUUAUUUCAGGGCCAAAAGAGAAUGAAAUCAUAUCUAAAGUUAACUAUCUUAAAAAAUGCAAAGUCAAGAUUAUUUUCAAACCAUCACAUUGUAUUGUCAUAUCCAAGUAGACAAUUGAUUCUUAUGAAAUAUUUGAAACUUGUUGUUCAGAAUAAGUCUGCAGGUGUCUGUUUUUGCAAACGUAUAGUUAUUAAAUUUACAAUUUAUAUUUGAGUUUAUAAAAUUAACUUCUGAGAAUAAGUAUGCAAGAUCUUGUUAUUUUAUUUGUAUUAUUAUAUUUUGAAUGAAGAAUGUUUGCCAGAUACAGUACGUUAUUGCUAAAACAUAUUUGAAUACAUGCGUUUACAUAAAUAUAUAUGUACGUCAGAAUAAAAAUAUUUAAUUUCUUAGAA